AUGUUGUUCAUAUUAUUAUCUUCAAUUUUAUUUACUAUUACAUUCGCAUUUCUUAUUUUAUUGUAUAAUAAGCUAACAUUAGGCAUUUGUAAAUGCAGUAAGCAUUUAGUUGGCAAAGUGGUUAUAGUGACGGGUGGAAAUGCGGGUAUUGGUUAUGAAACGGCAAAAAAUUUGGCGGAGAGAGGUGCUCGAGUUAUUUUAGCCUGCCGAAAUGAUCAACGCGGUGUCACAGCGCGGGAUAAGAUUAUAUUGGAAACUGGCAACGAAGAUGUACACUACCUAAAUCUAGACCUUGCUUCUUUGAAGUCAGUAAGAAAUUUUGCGGAGAAAAUACUCAAAACUGAGAAGCGUCUUGAUAUACUUGUGAAUAACGCUGGUAUUUAUGGAUCGGAAUUUAAGAAAACAGAAGACGGUUUAAAUCUUUUGAUGCAAGUCAAUUAUUUUGGGCACUUUCUUUUAACCAAUUUAUUAAUUCCUCUUCUCAAGACGUCAGCUCCUAGUCGCAUUAUAAACGUAUCAUCGCUUUUACAUGUCACCUGUUCACUGGAUAUAAACAAUUUGAACUUUGAGAAUGCAACUAAAGAAACAUAUGACGUAAACAAAGUUUACGCAACAUCAAAACUUUGCAAUGUCCUAAUGACUGUGGAACUGGCUCAACAAUUAAAAAACACAGGAGUUACUGCGAAUUCUUUGCAUCCAGGGUUAAUAGACACUGAUAUUAUAACAACCAUUCCAUGGUUAAAUUUGAUUAGGACAUUAAUGAAACCUAUUGUAUAUAAGUCGGCUUGGGAAGGUGCACAAACAACAAUUUACUUGGCUGUCUGCCCUAAAGUAGAAGACGUUAGCGGGUACUACUAUAGCGACUGUCGACAGAAAAACACCUCUGCAUAUUACGAAGCCCAUUAUGCACAGGUUGCUAAUAAAUUAUGGAACAUAUCACAAAAAAUAGUUAAAUUGGAAUAA